CAAGCAAGGAAAAACUGGACAUUGGGCAAUAAUGAAAUUGAGCCACUCACUUGGGAACAAUAUAGGAUUCUCUUCAUUGCAAGAGGAUAUCUGGUCAAAACUGACUAUAAAAGUGAGAGAGAUCUGGUACUUCCAAUUCCAAUUACCCCCUGUUCAUUUCAUUUUUCUCUGUAGGGAGAGAGGGAGACAGGAACUAUGGCUGAGAGUACCAAAGUUCUGAUACCAGAGACAUUCCAGGGUGGGAGUAGCUUUGACAUUGCAGGCCAAAUUGGGCUGAUUUGGGAGCUAAUCAAAGCGCCAUUGAUAGUUCCUCUGCUUAGAGUGGGAGUCUAUGUCUCACUAGCCAUGGUUCUCAUGCUCUUUGUAGAGAGGGUCUACAUGGGUAUUGUCAUUGUGUUGGUCAAAAUGUUCUGGAAAAAGCCAGAGAAGCGCUACAACUAUGAGCCCAUUCAGGAGGAUUUGGGAUUGGGUAGUUCCAAUUUCCCAAUGGUGCUUGUUCAAAUCCCCAUGUUCAAUGAAAGAGAGGUCUACAAGAUCUCCAUUGGAGCUGCAUGUGGGCUGUCGUGGCCGUCCGAUCGUCUUGUGAUCCAAGUCCUAGAUGAUUCAACUGACCCUACAAUCAAGAAAAUGGUAGAGGCAGAGUGUCAGAGGUGGGCGAGAAAAGGCAUAAACAUAGUGUACCAAAUCAGAGAAACUAGAGGAGGAUACAAAGCAGGUGCAUUGAAAGAAGGUUUGAAACGAAGCUACGUGAAACACUGCGAGUACGUGGCUAUAAUGGACGCCGAUUUCCGACCCGAGCCAGACUUUCUCAGGCGAGCCAUCCCUUUCUUGGUUCAGAACCCCGAAAUUGCUUUGGUUCAAGCACGUUGGAGAUUCGUGAACGCGGACGAGUGCUUGCUGACAAGAAUGCAAGAGAUGUCAUUGGAUUACCAUUUCACAGUUGAACAAGAAGUUGGGUCAGCAACACAUGCCUUCUUUAGCUUCAACGGAACUGCUGGUGUGUUGAGAAUUGCUACUAUUAAUGAGGCAGGUGGGUGGAAAGAUCGUUCAACAGUGGAGGAUAUGGAUCUUGCUGUCCGAGCUGGUCUCAGAGGCUGGAAAUUUUUGUACCUUGGUGACCUUCAGGUGAAAAGUGAACUUCCUAGUACCUUCAAUGACUACCGUAACCAGCAGCACCGAUGGUCUUGUGGUCCAGCUAAUCUGUUCAGGAAAAUUGUCAUGGAAAUAGCAAUGAAUGAGAAAGUUACAUUGUGGAAGAAAUUCUAUGUCAUCUACAGUUUCUUCUUUGUUAGGAAGAUCAUUGUCCACAUGGUGACUUUCUUCUUUUACUGUGUUGUGCUUCCCCUGACCAUUUUUGUUCCUGAAGUUGAUGUUCCAAUUUGGGGAGCAGUUUAUAUUCCUUCCAUCAUUGCCAUCCUUAACUCAGUUGGAACUCCAAGGUCAGUUCACCUUUUGUUGUACUGGAUCCUUUUCGAGAAUGUGAUGUCCUUGCACCGGACCAAGGCAACUUUAAUCGGCCUAUUCGGAGCCGGGAGAGCCAAUGAAUGGGUUGUCACCGAGAAACUGGGAGAUGCUGCCAAGAACAAACCAGCCCCCAAAUUCUUCAAGAAACCAAAGUUCAAGUUUGGCAACAGACUGCACAUGUUGGAGCUGGGAUUUGGAUUGUUUCUGUUCUUCUGCGGAUGCUACGAUUAUGUACAUGGGAAGAACAAGUACUUUAUAUACCUUUUCCUCCAAACCAUCACGUUCUUGAUCUGUGGAUUUGGUUACGUCGGAACCAUCAUCCCCACCAGCUCUUAGUGGCAGCGAAAUUCGCAGUUAAACUAUAUAGAUUUAAAUUGACAGAAUCCUCUUAUUGUUUGUCACCAUGUCUUGUAUUAGGGGCCGCACUUGUAAUGCCACAAGCAAGCUUGUCUAGGGUCAUUAGUUAAGCCUUUGGUUGGUUGCUUGUGUGCAUGGGGUGUUUUGCUUAUGUAAUUUAUUUUAUUUUAGCAUUUAGUAUCAUCGGCCAAGUGCACGUUUCUCACGGCCUUAGUCAUUUAAGUCCGAUAUGCUCUUUGGGGAGGGGUUCCUAGUCGGCAUAGUUCGGACUACAAAACUAGUAUAGGUAAGCACAUGUACUUUUGCCUCCCUUACCGUCUUACCAUCAAUAAAAGAGGAAUUAUUCAA